AUGUCUCCCAAAGGAGAGCAGCUCAAAGAUGAGGGUUCUCGGCUUCAGGUUGUCGUGGCUGGAGCAACGGCCGGCAUGAUCUCGCGUUUCAUCAUUGCCCCCCUCGAUGUCGUCAAGAUUCGCCUCCAACUGCAAUCCCACUCCCUCUCGGACCCGCUCUCCCACCCCUACGCUCGCGGCGGGCCCAUCUACAAAGGCACCAUCCCAACCAUAAAGACCAUCCUCGCGACAGAGGGCCUCACUGGCCUGUGGAAGGGCAAUGUCCCCGCCGAGCUGAUGUACAUCUCCUACUCGGCGAUCCAGUUCACCACCUACCGCUCGACGACCCAGCUCCUUCAGCACCUCCAGGAGCAGCACGGCGUCAAGAUUCCCGGCGCCGCAGAGACGUUCAUCGCCGGUGCGUCGGCUGGCGCGGUCGGCACUGCCGCCACGUACCCGCUCGACCUCCUCCGGACGCGCUUCGCGGCGCAGGGCAAUGAUGACAGGGUCUACACCUCGCUGCGGCGCGCCAUCGCGACGAUACGGCGCGACGAGGGCGCGAGGGGCUUCUUUCGGGGUCUCAGCCCUGCGCUGAGCCAAAUAGUGCCCUUCAUGGGGGCCUUCUUCUCCGUGUACGAGGCAUUGCGCACCCCUCUGUCACAGCUCAGCCUGCCUUUUGCCGGCGGCGAGGCGGUGGCGGGGACCCUGGCCAGCAUCAUUGCAAAAACAGGCGUGUUCCCGCUGGAUACGGUGCGCAAGAGAAUCCAAGUGCAAGGACCGACGAGGAGCAGAUACGUGCACAAAAACAUACCCGACUAUAGCCGAUUAGGGACUGUCGGGACCAUACGAACGAUACUGAGGACAGAGGGCAUGAGAGGUCUGUACAGAGGCCUGACGGUCAGUCUCUUCAAGGCGGCGCCGGCGAGUGCCAUCACCGUCUGGACUUAUGAGCGGGUGCUCAAGGCGCUGAUUAGCCUGGAGGGGACAAACAACGACAAAAAGGUCUUGUGA